GCCGUCAUCACCAUUAUCAUAAUCAUGACAUCAUCAUCAUCGUCAUCAUUGUAAUCGUCAAGGGCUACCACUCCCCGUUAUCAGUUCAUCAUCUCCAACAUAAUUAAAGAUAAAUGCGUGAUUUCUUUUUAACACUUGUAUUUAUUUUUUCUUUUCAUUUCAGCUUAAACCUAUGGUAAUUAACCGAGCCGAAAACCCACGAUGCUUUAAGAACAUUAAGAAGGAUCGACUGCCUGUUGUAUGGAAAGUAAAUCGCAAAGCGUGGAUGACUGGGGCACUAUUCGACGAUUAUCUGAAUGACCUUAACCGUCAGAUGAAGUUUCAACGCAGACACAUAUUGCUGUUCCUCGACAACGCAUCUUCUCAUGUCGACGUUAUUAAAUCAAACGUGAAACUUGCAUUUCUUCCAGCAAACACCACAUCGGUCCUUCAACCGCUAGACCAGGGCAUAAUCAAGGCAUUCAAGAGUCGCUACCGUGCAAAGCUGAUGCGUAAUGUUCUUGCGAAAAUUGAUGCAGCAGAUUCAGCUUCUGAUGUAACUAAACAAUUCAACGUUCUUGACGCAGUUAAUUGGACGGCAGCCGCGUGGCGCAAGACAACCGCAACCACGAUUACGAAGUGCUUCAAUCGCUGUGGGUUCGACUGUUUGGCCGACAAUUCAACCGACAAUGCUGAUGAUGAGGUGGAAGCAGAACUCCGUGAUUUGGUUGGACAGAUAGACAGCGAUGUUGACGCGGAUGUGAAUGUAACGAUCGACGAAAUGAUUUCAGUAGAAGAGGUUGGAGAUGAAUGGGAGGUUGAUCUCUUGGAAAGUUACGGUGGCGGCAUCCCGGAAGUGAUGCCCGAGGGAACUUUUGAUGAGGACGAACCAAUAGACGAUAAAAAUUCUGACGACGGCAGACAACUGUCUUACGCAGAAAUGCUUUGCAUGUUAGGUAGGGUUAAGAAUGGAAUUAGAGCGAAAGGAGGAGAUCAGACUAUGGAAAGACAGCUGCAAGAUCUAACAGAAACCAUGGAGAGAGUAAUUUUACUUAGACGUAGGAAUUCAAAGCAAACAUCACUGGACGGCUGGUUUGCUUUGAUAAACAAGCAAAUAAUUAAUGACAUGACAAAAUUUUAAUUAAAAUUAACACCUGUAAAAAUGUUAAAAAAUAAGUUUUAUUGAAUUGUUAACUGUUGAGUAAGAUACAGUAAUCGUUAUAUUUCAUGUCUUUGCCAUGAUUAGUUUAAGCUGUUUUUAAAUUGUUUACUUAAUUAUAGGUUAAAACAGUUGUAAAUUACGUAUGUUUCUCAUAAUUUAUAAAAUGUUCAUAACUUUUUCACGAUUAUGUUUUUAAUUUAAUUUCG